GUGUCCACCAUUCUGUGCUACGGCUGCACUCACUUCCUGGUUGAAAGUAAAUUGAUGACCGUGUGCCUUCAGCGUCUAUGACUCCAUUCACACGGCCUGCCUGCAGACCAGAGUUACACAUCAGGAACGACCACUCAGAGAGAAUCUGCGUCUGGUUCAGAGCUCAAGAUGUUCCCAUGGCGAUGGCUGGCUCUGCUGGCUCUCAUCCCGCUUGCCCUGAGCGCCAAUGCGGGGGUCAAGGUCAAACUGACACAGAAAGGACUUGAUUUCGGCAGAGAACUUUUUGUGGCAUCUCUGCAAGAGAAACUGAUGACCAUCAAGGUGCCAGAUAUCUCGGGGACAGAGCGGGUAGAUCCCAUCGGCAAGGUGCACUACAGUUUGACCGAAAUGCGUAUUGUGAAGCUGGGUCUACCCAGCUCGGCAAUAGGUCUGGUGCCAGGGACGGGCUUCACCCUGACCAUCACUAACGCCUUUCUCAGCCUCCAUGGGAAGUGGAGGGUGAAGUACUUGAGAUUCAUAAAGGACAGUGGCUCCUUCGACCUGGCCAUCAAGUCCCUGAGCAUCACCACCAGUAUCUCCCUCCGCAGCGACGAGACGGGCCGCCCGGCCGUGGCGAUGGCCAGCUGCGCCACCACACUAGGGGGGGUUAGCAUCAAGUUCCACGGAGGUGCCAGCUGGCUGUACAAUCUUUUCACCCGCUUUAUUGAAAAAGGAUUGCGCAGCUCAUUGCAGAAACAGAUAUGCCCUCUGGUGGCAGAAUCGGUAUCUAGCAUGAACCAAUUCCUGAAGACCCUAAACGUGAUGGCCCCGGUGGACCGCUAUGCAGAGAUUGCGUAUCCCAUGGUGUCCUCCCCGGAUAUUUCAAGCUCCUCCAUAGGAUUAAACCUGAAGGGUGAGUUCUACAACAUCGGCCGCCACAUGGAGCCCCCCUUCUCCCCCGCUCCCUUCUUCCUCCCCAACCAGGAGCAGAGCAUGCUCUACAUCGGCCUGUCCGCCUUCACCGCCAACUCCGCCAGCUUUGUUUACAACAAGGCCGGCACCCUGAGCCUCAAAAUCACCGAUAACAUGAUUCCUCCAAGUUCUCCUUUUCGUCUGACCACCAACACGUUUGGAGUAUUAAUUCCAAAGAUCGCCAAGCUGUUCCCAGGUCUGAUGAUGGUGCUCCAGUUGAAGAUGGCGAAGGAUCCCCUCUCCAUCAUAGAGGCCAACAAAGUGACCAUGGACGCCAAGAGCUCCCUGACAGCCUAUGCCAUCCUCGCCAACACCUCGCUUGCCCCCCUUUUUGUGCUCAACUUGGAUUUUAGUGUCAGCGCACGUGUCAACGUGGUCGGGAAUAAACUGGCGGGAGCGGUCACCUUAAACCGGUUGGACAUGUCCCUGGGGAAAAGCUACGUUGGGGACUUCAAGGUUGGAUCCCUUAGCAACAUCUUCCAAUUAGUCCUCAAGUGGGUGGUGUUACCCACAGUUAACGUGCGACUAAAGGAGGGCUUCCCUCUACCCAGCCUGGGGAAAAUCAACCUGAAAAACACCCAGCUGCAAAUCCUGAAGGGCUACAUAAUGAUCGGGACAGACCUCCAGUUUUCCGGAUGACGGUUCCUGAAAACCAACAGAUCACUCCAGACAUCUGUCCGAGAACAAGGCAGAAAUUAAACCUUGAAUUCACAUUUUGUUCUGGGAUCAAUAAGCAUUACAUUAUAAGUUUGUAAUCACUUUCUUUGAUAUGCUUUGAGGGCUUGUUUCAAUUAUGACACAUAUUUGUAGUUUCCUAUGUUUUUUAAUGCACACAUCCAGGUAUUAACACCAACAAAAGCAUUUUUCCUUUAAAUGUAUUAAUGCUUCAAUAAGUUACAUUAAAUACAUUUACUUUCAACAAUA